AAAUUCAUUAUUACUAUUAUAAAAAAGUUACAGUGCAAUUCAGUUUAACGCAGAACGUCGAAGUUGUUAGAAGUUCAUUGUCAAUAACGUUUCCGGGAAAAAAUCAUGAGUACUUUUGAGCAUGUCAUUGCCGGUUUGAGAGCUGCUUUUGCAAGCGGCAAAACGAUGGAUUUGGCUUUUCGCAGGAAACAACUUGUGGCUCUUCAACGCAUGUACAAGGAAUGCGAAACGGAAAUGAUUACUGCUGUGGCAAAGGAUUUACGAAAAAGCAAACACGAAGCCUUGUUAGCGGAAAUCAUGCCGACAAGAAAUGAAGUUGACGAGAUGAUUUCCAACUUGAACGAAUGGGCAGCGCCUGAAAAACCAUCCAAAACUCUCGUUAAUAUGCUCGACAAAAUGAUGAUCGUGAACGAUCCAUAUGGCGUUGUACUUGUACUCGGUGCAUGGAAUUACCCGUUGCAAUUGACUUUAGUACCCGUUCAAGCUGCGAUAGCUGCUGGAAAUUGCGUUGUCAUCAAACCAAGUGAACACGCAUCACAUGUUGCCAAAUUUCUUGCCGAUACAAUCCCGAAGUAUCUUGAUAACGAUUGUUAUCAAGUAAUCUGCGGAGGUAUACCCGAAACGACAGAUUUGCUGAAGAACAAGUUUGAUUAUAUUUUUUAUACGGGUUCGACGCGCGUUGGACAAAUUAUUCACGCAGCUGCCAAUAAACAUUUAACACCUGUUACGUUAGAAUUGGGCGGUAAAAGUCCUUGUUUCAUCAAUUCUGAUGCGGAUAUCGCCAUUACAGCACGACGCGUGCUUUGGGGCAAAUUUAUGAAUUGCGGUCAAACAUGCAUCGCUCCUGAUUAUAUUUUGUGUAACAAGGAAACACAGGAAAAAUUCGUAAAAGAAGCGAAAAAAGUUAUUUCCGAAUGGUAUGGAGACGAUGCAAAAGCAAGUCCUGAUUUGUGUCGCAUCAUUAACCAAACGAACUUUAAUCGUCUUCAAGGAUUACUUAAAACGGGAAAAGGUCAAAUCGCAAUUGGCGGAAAAACAGUAGCUGAUGAUUUAUUUAUCGAACCUACUAUUAUCGAAAAUGUUCAAAAAUCCGACGCCAUCAUGCAAGAAGAAAUUUUCGGUCCUAUUUUGCCCAUUGUUAAUGUUCGUGAUGCUGCUGAAGCAAUUUCUUACAUCAAGGAAGGCGAGAAACCAUUGGCUUUAUAUGUUUUCACCAAAGAUGCAAAAAUUCAGGAUUUAUUCAUAACUAAAGUGUCAGCAGGAGGCGUUUGUGUUAACGAUACCAUUUUACAUGCAGCUGCGCCAAAUUUGCCCUUUGGAGGAGUUGGUAAUUCAGGAAUUGGUGCUUAUCAUGGAAAAUACUCUUUUGAUACGUUUGUGCAUAAGAAAUCGGUGCUCAUUAAGGAUUUCAACAAGAUUGGCGAAGCUUUGGCUUCGGGACGAUAUCCUCCGUACACAGAAUCUAAAACGAAAAGGUUGUUAGGAUUGAUGCGACGUCGUGAAUUUGGAUUUUCAUGCAAAUACUUGCCACAUACGGUUAUGUUCUUAUUGGGCGUUGCACUUACCUUGUUUGUAAAGCAUUUCAUCGAUUGAAUUUUCCAAUUAAAUAUUAAAAACAACAAAUAAAUGCAGGGUAUAGGUCUCCAAGUUUUAAUAUUAAUAAUGUAGGGAUGUCAUUUUAUCAAUUUUUUUGACAAUAUGUUCACCGAAAUCUCGAGAAGCAUUUCUUGAGAAGUUCAAAUGAAAAAAUUUCUUAAGAUUUUAUUUUUCUUCAAAGAUUUUUUUCAGAAAAUUUUUAAUAAAAAAAAAGAUUUUACUCAAAA